AUGGGGCGCACCGAAGCGUAUACGAUGUGGUGGCCUUUAUCACGGAUUGGGCCCGAGUACAAAACACAACAGACUGUUGCUCCCAAGAUUUCGGAUCAAGCUUGCCUACGUAGGGGUAAUGAGUUACACGAGACCUUGGGAGGCGCAGCACAGCAUGAACCCGACAAUUCUUGGACUGCAUGCUACAGAAAUUGGCAUAAAAAGAAGAACAAUUCCCGGGGUCUAAGAAUGAAAGACUUAGAAGGAUUGGAUGGGACUUCUCGGCCGGUGGAUACACGGUUAGAAGCAGAUCAGCACAUACCUCUAUUUUAA